UAAUUCUAUUAACAGUAAAUGGGUAUUUUUUAUAGUUUGACUGAAUCUCCAGGAGAAAACACCUUUGAUGUACGAUUGACACAAAGCCAGGGGCGWGUGCGAGUAUGGGUACAGAUACUGGAUAGACAUGAUGGAUCUUUUAUUGUCCGCUAUCGUCUGUUUGCCAGCUACAAAGAUUUAACAAUAGAAGUUCUGUACAAAGACGAACAGGUUGCCCAGUCUCCAUUURAAUUUAAAGUUCUUACGUCAAAGAUUUAUAGAAAAACCCAUGGGGAACAUGUUGGAUUUUCAAUGUUCAUGGACAAUAUAUUAUUAUCUAUGUCUAGAAAGGUUGUGCUCCCAGACAUGGAGUUYUUUGUCAAUCUUGGUGAUUGGCCUCUGGAAAACCAAAUCAACAAACCCUUACCUAUAUUGUCCUGGUGUGGUUCUGAAGAGACUGCUGAUAUYGUCAUGCCAACAUAUGACUUGACAGAGGCAGCUCUUGAAACUAUGGGGAGGGUUUCCUUAGACAUGCUAUCAGUACAAGCUAAUACUGGACCAACAUGGAAGGAUAAAAUCCCUAAAGCAUUCUGGAGAGGAAGAGACAGUAGAGAAGAAAGAUUAAACCUUGUUAUCAUGGGAAGAAAGAAACCUGAACUCUAUGAUGUUGCUCUGACAAAUUUCUUCUUUUUUCCYUAUGAUGAGAAAAAGUAUGGUCCGAAAAUGAAACAUAUAUCUUUCUUUGAC